AUGGCAGACCCAUAUGCACAUAUCGAUAUUAAAUUAACGGAAGCGAUCUUCUCUUUUGUCAAGAGAGCCCUUUCGUUUAAAAUCCUGCCUCCCAAUCUUAGGACCAAACUUGAAAAUAUCAAACCCGACUCACAAAUCAUAAAAUUUUCUAUUCUCCUUGAAGCCCACAAUACCUUGAAGGAUCUUAAUGCCUCCGGUCUGACUCCCCUUUGGAAGCUCACGUUAGAAUCAUCUGAAAUUGUUCUUCCUCAGCCCUAUAUUCCUCCGAGAAGUAUUGUUGUUGAACAACGGGUAGAAACACUAAAGAAAAAAUUCGCAAACAUGGAAUACGGAAGGAUGACAUCCACUUUACCACCUCUUGGUGUCUCAACCAAAUAUCGCUCCACUGGGUUCGACGAAGUUCGCUGUAUGAAACGCCAAGUCACAAUGGUAGUUAAUUUCGCUGUAGUCGUGAUUUGUUCCUUUGCCUUCGGAUACUUCCUUUGUGACAUGUUUGGCCAAAGUAACACCUCAACAGUACAAAGAAUCGCUACUGGUUUUGUUCUCGCACUCCUAGUAUUCUUUGCCGAUCUCUACUUUUUGGUGAAAAACGUUGACGCCGCGGAUUCUACUCAGAAUCUCAUAAAUACCAAACGAACGUAA